AAUAUCAGUGCCUAUUACGUCACCAUCAUGAUACAGAUUCUGAUUUAAUUUUCUCUGAAAUUCUCCAACGAACAGGAAACCUCUAAUCUUUGGCCUUCAGUUUCCUUGUGGGUAGCUCAGCAGCGUAACUACUGGAGCCGCUGACUUGCAGCUUUUGUGACCCUCGUUCAAUCUCUGUUGCCGUUUGUGUGGACUUUGCAGACAUUUUUUGAAUCCAUGGGUUGAUAUGAUCUCUUUCCACAUCCCAUAACCUGUUGAUUAGAAAGUUAAUUGGCUAUUGUAAAUUGCCCCAAAGUGUGUGGAUGAGUGGCAGAGUCUGGGUGGAAAUGAUAGGAAUAAAAUUGGGAUGAAAAAAUUAGUUAGGCAGGAUUAGAACAAAAUGGCUGAUUCAUGGCCAGCGGGGACACAGUGGUCCAAAGGCCUUGUUUCCGUGUUGCAUCUCUCUGUAAAUGGAAAAAAAAAACAGCUGUUCUAUCUUUUCUAUGAUUCCAAUUAUGUUAUAUUAAAUCCAUGUUUAAUCAGAACACCCUCAUCAUCUACACUUCCCGCUGCCUCGGGAAAGCUGUCAAUAUACUCAAGGACUAGUCACAUCCUAGUCAUUCACUCUUCUACUCCCUCCAAUCUGGCAAGAGUUACAAACACUUAAAAACACAUUCCACCAGGUUCACGAACACCUUCUUCCCAGCUGCUUAUUCAGACUAUUGAAUGGACCUUCCAUUAGCUAAGGAUGUCCUCCUGAUCUCCCAAUCUGCCUUAGUGCGGCUCUUGCAAAUUUCCAUCUGCAUAUUCUUUGUUGCUGUAAUACUACAUUCUGCACUCUGAUUCCUUACUCCUUUUGAGCACCUUUUGUACAUAUAUAUAGUUUGAUGGCAUUUUUGUAUGCAAUAAUUUGCCUGGAUAGCACAUAAAAUAAAGUACCUCACUCCCUCACGGUACACGUGACAAUAAUAAAUCAAUACCAAUGCCAAUAUAAUCCUCCAAACUUUAUGCUCCCCCAAUUCUGACCAUCUGAACAUCAAUGGCUUGGUUCUCUUAGUAAAUAUACAUUCAGCCCCUGGAAUUCCCCCUAAACCUCUGAGCAAGCGCCUGCUCCUUCUUUAUCGAUCUGUCCAAUCUACCUUUUAAUGAAUUUUGUUUGAAAGCCCUUCUGUCAAGUCCUGCCCCUCAUUCUGCUAAUUAAACACACUAUAUCCACAGUGAUUGAUGUUGUGGUUCUUCGCAAUGUGUAAGCAGUAGUUUUUGAAUAUUUAUUAUCUUCCUCCUUCGCAAAAUCAACUACUUCCCUUUUCGUGGACGUAGAAGUUGCUGAUAAGUGACAAUUUUGCUGUGUCUAGCUCGACGUUGGUUUUAAGUGUUGGUGUUCUACCGCAAAUGCUAGCAUUGCCAGCGAUUCCCACGUCGUUGGUUAACGUACAACAUAGCUUGAUUGCAGGAGAUUGGUUUCUUCAAGGGAGCAUUGUACCAACAAAGCUUACAAAGGAAAGAGCUGCUGUGUGCAUGAUCUGUCAAAGCUGAAAUUCAAAGAAUGAGCAGACUGCAAUGUACUCUGGCACUUUUGGCCACCUGUCUUGCCCAGGUAUCUAUGAAUCCAAACGAUUGGGAUGUCUCGGUCAGGUCUUCUGUGCAAGCAAUCCAAGGGAUGUCUGUAAUCUUUAACUGUUCUUUCCAGUAUCCUUUUGAAAACAUACCUUCGUCUGACAUAACAGGCAUGUGGUUGCAUGAUCCAUGUGACGGAUCAUCAGCAAUACUGUACAGCAGUGAGAACCCCAGCAAUGAAGAUGUGAAUUUCAUAGGAGAUCUGGGAAGGAAAAACUGCUCUCUUCAGAUUAAUGAUGUUAAGGCAAACCAUGGCAAGACCUAUUGCUUCAGAUUCUCAAUACAAGAUAAAGACAAGUGGACAGGAAAGCCUGGUGUGACACUCAGAGUUUAUGCACGUCCAACAAAGCCAAUUAUCUCCUACUCCACAGAAUUGGUUGAAGGGGUCACGACCAAAUUGACCUGUUCCUCGUCUGAGAUUGAUGAUGAGGUCACGUGUGUCCUCCACUGGCAUGGCCUCGAUGAUGAGACAGCAAUGGAGGGCGUAACGAUUUCCAACAGCAGAAAACUGACCAGCACAGUUGAUUUAAUGCCUUCAUACCAGAAUCACAACAAGAUCAUCAAGUGCUCAGUCAAUUGCAGAGAAUACUCAUUCAUGGAUGAAACUCAAGAGACUCUGAAAGUGAAAUACGCACCCAAAAACAUAACCACUCAAGUCAACGGUAGAUCACAGUGGGAAAUCAAAGAGGGUGAUUGGGUCUCUUUGACCUGUGGCAGCAGCAGUAACCCUGAAGCCUCCUACACAUGGUACAAGAGGGACCAAGGUGAAGAUGAAGCAUUUAAUACCAAGAAUGGCUCGCUGCUCUUCCAAAGUAUCUCACCAAGUGCUUCUGGAUUCUACAAAUGCACAGCAACAAACUACCUGGGAAAUUUGAACACUGAGACAGUGGAGAUCCGUGUCCAAUAUGCACCCAAAAAUGUAACCGUUCAAGUGGAAGGCACAUCACAAUUGGAUAUCAAAGAGGGAGACAAGAUCUCUCUGACCUGUGCCAGUAACAGUGACCCUGACGCCACCUACACCUGGUACAAGAGCGACAAAGGUCAAGUUCAAACUCUUGAUUCCAAGAACUGCACUUUGAUCUUCCAAAACAUUUCACAAAGUGCUUCAGGAUUCUACAGCUGCACAGCAGCAAACUACCUGGGGAAUCUGAGCUCAGAGGCAGUGGAGAUACGUGUUCAAUAUGCACCCAAAAAUGUAACCGUUCAAGUGGAAGGCACAUCACAAUUGGAUAUCAAAGAGGGAGACAAGAUCUCUCUGACCUGUGCCAGUAACAGUGACCCUGACGCCACCUACACCUGGUACAAGAGCGACAAAGGUCAAGUUCAAACUCUUGAUUCCAAGAACUGCACUUUGAUCUUCCAAAACAUUUCACAAAGUGCUUCAGGAUUCUACAGCUGCACAGCAGCAAACUACCUGGGGAAUCUGAGCUCAGAGGCAGUGGAGAUACGUGUUCAAUAUGCACCCAAAAAUGUAACUGUUCAAGUGGAAGGCACAUCGCAAUUGGAGAUCAAAGAGGGAGACAAGGUUUCUUUGACAUGUGCCAGUAACAGUGACCCUGAAUCCACCUACACCUGGUACAAGCAAGACGAAGGAGAAGUUAAAGUUUUUAAUUCCAAGAAUGGCACUCUGCUCUUCCAAAGUAUUUCACAAAGUGCUUCUGGAUUCUACAAAUGCACCGCAACAAACUACCUGGGACAUCAGAGCUCAGAAACAGUGGAGAUAAGUGUUCAACAUGCACCCAGAAAUGUUACCAUUCAUGUGAAAGACCGAUCAGAAGUGGAAAUUAAGGAGGCUGACAACAUCUCCUUGAUAUGUGCCAGUCACAGUUACCCUGAAGCUGCUUACACCUGGUACAGGAAGAUGGGAGAUAAUGACCAAACAAUGACCCUAAUUGGAAACGGAGACACCAUGGUCUUCCACAAUAUUUCAAGAAGGGACUCUGGAUUGUAUACAUGCACCGCAUCAAAUUAUUUGGGACAUUAUAUCUCAGAAGAUUGGGAGAUUUCUGUUUAUUACAAACCUACUCAUGUAAACCUGACCCGAGAUGGGAUGAGUUUUCGCUGUACUGCUGAAGCUAAUCCCCCCGCAAGGAUUUCCUGGAACAACACGGACAUGACCCCAGAGGUGCUCAAUGGCACAUGGACCACCAGCACCCUGGUCCUGCAAACAACGACAAGCGGUUGUGUUUCAUGCAGAGCUCAGAAUAAACUUGGCUUUAUACAUUCAGAGGAACGAUGUUUCAAGUCAACACGGGGUGCCAUCUUGGGACUAGUAAUUGGAGGAUCCAUUGCUGCAAUCCUGAUCGCCUUUGGCAUUUUGCUUUGGACACAGAGGAAAAAAAUGAUCAAACGAAAAAUGGCAGAAAGUGAAACUCAACCUGUUAUCUACACAACAAUGCAGAAUUUGCCAGAGGCCUGCCAAACAAGCAAUUCUGACAUCACUGGUGUGGAUGACAACUUGUGCAAGACCACGAGUGGAGAACGGAAAUGGACAUUUUCGAAGAAAGGCGCUGGAGAUGUCUUGGAGUAUGCAUCCUUAAAGUUUGCCUCUGUGCGUAAGGGUUUGAAAGCAGCAAGACGCAACCCAAAUCAAGGAAAACCUGAUGACGCACAGCAGGUGACUGUGUCUGAUGAUGAUGAUGUCUCGUAUGAAAAUAUGGAGAUGAUUAAGACCACUGUUGGAGAGGUAGGAGAUGCCAACAAGGAUCCAGGGGAGACCACCCUAUACGCCUGUAUUAAGGGUGAUGAUCUGCAGACUAAAGAGGAAGUAAAAUAAGAACAUAAGAACAUAAGGAAUAGAAGGAGAGCAGUCCAUUCAGCCAUGUUUGAUGUGCAGUUAGAUUGUGACUAAUCUUUAACUUCAAUGCACUAACGUCAUUCCAUUAAUAACUAACAAAUUGCUGAAAAUUCCCAAUCAAUUUAUCAUAAGAGGAAAGCAUCUUCAAAAUACAGACAAUUAUUCUGGGGCGAAAUAACAUUUUCCAACCAUACCAUACUCCAAGAGAUGCUUACCUGGCUGUCUGUGUGGUUCCUUUAUUCAUUUUUUUUUUCUUGACCUAGAAAUUACAUGGACAAGGCUGCGUCUGCAGCCCAGGUCCAAUGGCCUUGUCAGGCGUUUUCCUUCUACUUCUGAGGCCCUUCUGAUGAUGGCAUUCCCAAAGUUGGUGGGAAUUUAUGGGAAUUUAUAAGACAACCAGGCAAACAUGUAAUAUGAGAGCCUUACAUACUGGAAAAGCAAGAUGGAAAAUUAAGCCAACAAAGUGAAGGUCAUAAAAUGCUGACGUAACUCAGCGGGUCAGGCAGCAUCUUUGGAGAGAAGGAAUAGGUGACGUUUCAGGCAGACCCGAUAUAUCACUUUCUCCAGAGAUGCUGUCUGACCCGUUGAGUUAGUCCAACCGUUUUUGGCUAUCUUCGGUGUAAACCAGCAUCUGUAGUUCUUUCCUACACAGAAUGAAGGUCAUGUUAGGCGAGGAGAUAAUUAGAGAUUGUGAGGCCUAGUUAGCUUGAGCAAAGAUAAACAUAGGGUCUUUGUAAGCAAGGGUGAAUGCAAUAUUAUUGAUCAGAAGAUAAGAUGAUCAAUGACACCCAGUUACAGACCAAAUAGGGAUGUGGCUUUUUAUGCACAGAAAGAAAAGUUGGAGCAGAUCAAGGUAUCUCCCACAGAGAUAAAACAAGGAUCAAAGACUACAAAGAAAAGAGGAUUACUGCUAAAUUAUUGUAAAAUCUGUAUGUAACCACUAACACAAUGUAACCAUUAAGGCAAAAAACUAGUCAAGGCAGCACUUUGAAUCCUCCAACAGGGCUUCCCUGUAUAUACCGACAAGCUCUGAAUAAAAUGACUUAUUUGAGA